AAACAGGUCAUAGGAACGUUCCCGGCACAAUACAGAAUCACUUCCGUUAUUUUGCGCAGGCGCGUAGAUGUUUCCUCUAUUAAUCAACAUGGCUGCGCUGGUAGGAAUCCGCUCGUGUCUGGUCUCGGCUCUCCAGCUCUCAACAUCACGUCAUCUUCUGCAUAUAUCUUAUAAGCUGUGUUCAGUCCCUCUCAUCAAAAGAGACUUUGCGGCUGAUGCCAAGAAGGUGUUUUCUAGAGACAAGCCUCACGUAAACAUUGGCACGAUUGGGCAUGUCGACCAUGGAAAAACUACACUCACUGCAGCCAUCACCAAAGUAUUGGCAGAAGCUGGAGGGACACGUUACAAGAAGUAUGAGGACAUAGACAAUGCACCUGAGGAGAAAGCUAGGGGCAUCACCAUCAAUGCCUCGCACGUGGAGUAUGCUACUGCCAACAGACAUUACGCCCAUACCGACUGCCCAGGCCAUGCUGACUACGUUAAGAACAUGAUCACAGGUACGGCACAGUUGGAUGGUUGCAUUCUGGUGGUCGCAGCCACAGAUGGACAAAUGCCUCAGACGCGAGAGCACCUCCUGCUGGCCCGACAGAUUGGCGUGGAACAUGUGGUGGUGUUCAUCAACAAGGUGGAUGCCGUGGAGGACCGGGAGAUGGUGGAACUGGUGGAGUUGGAGAUCCGGGAGCUGCUGACGGAGUUUGGCUAUGACGGCGAAAAUACCCCUGUAGUUAUUGGCUCUGCCCUCUGUGCCUUGGAGAGCAGGGACCCUGAGAUUGGCGCCAACGCCAUUCUGAAGCUCUUGGAGGUGGUGGAUGGUUAUGUGCCCCUGCCUAAGAGGGAGCUGGACAAACCCUUCCUGAUGCCCAUCGACUCCGUAUACUCCAUCCCUGGUAGGGGCACGGUGGUGACUGGUACACUGGAGAGAGGUAUGAUCAAGAAAGGGGAUGAGUGUGAGUUUGUGGGACAUAAUCGCGCUUUCAAGUCUGUUGUGACAGGCAUUGAGAUGUUCCACCAGUCCUUGGAUCAGGCAGAAGCAGGGGACAACCUGGGGGCUUUGGUGAGGGGCCUGAAGAGGGAUGAUGUGAGACGAGGAAUGGUUAUAAGCAAACCAAGCUCCAUAAAGCCACACCAAAAAGUAAAGGCCCAGGUUUACGUCCUCAGUAAAGAGGAGGGGGGUCGACACAAGCCCUUCAUGACCAACUUCAUGCCUGUGAUGUUUUCACUCACGUGGGACAUGGCCUGUAGGGUAACCCUACCCAGCGACAAGGAAAUGGUCAUGCCUGGGGAGGACACCUCCCUCAGCCUCACCCUCCGACAGCCCAUGGUCCUGGAAAAGGGUCAGAGGUUCACUCUGAGGGAUGGAAACAAGACCAUCGGAACCGGGCUGGUCACGGAAACGCUGAGCCUUACAGAGGAGGACCAGAUUAACUGGGGCUAGGAGACCAGCAUGACUAAGAGAUGAUUUAAAUGGACUAGAGAUGGAUUACAUGUCUUACAGCCACCAAGACCUGGCCAGUGCUGUUCGUUCAGAUAUAUUUGCAAGCUUGGGUUGGCAGUUUUUGUAAACAAAAAAAUAAAUUGGUGAUAAUUCCACAGAUACGGUUUCUUUACUGAUCCAUUAUGUCUCAGUGCAGGUAUUGCACUGGUACCUUCAGUGAUACAGUUUACUACCCACCACAACUUUUUUCCUCUUUUUUUUUUUUUUAAAUGCAAAUUUGUUCCAUUCCUGUUUUGGGAAACAUGUACAUGUGUUGCUAAUUAUAAUAUAAUUACCGAUUAAACUCGCUCUCAGUUCUGAUUGCCUUGACGGUAAAUAUUGUAAUCCUGUAUAAAUAUUGCUGUUUUUUUAAUUCUGAGUUAAUGUUUGCAUUUCUGAAAUCAGACCACUAAUGAAAUUAUGUCAUUGGUGAAGGUGACCCAUAACUUGUCUGACUUGUAUGUGGCUGGUUGCAGUAAAUCCUUCAUCCCCA